GGUGCCAAGGAGCCAGAGGGGAGCCGGGAGCCGAGCCGCGCGGAGCCGCGGCCCGAGCGCAGUGCGAGCGCCACCCGAGCCGACCCCACCCGCGCGUCCGUGCGGUCGCGGUCCCUGUCCCCGACGCCGUCCGGCCCGAAGCGCUUGACCUGCCCGCCUGCGGGGUUCGGGGAGCCGGGCCUGGGUUUCUUGGCCGCUGCGCUCGGCACCGCGCUUGGCAGAGCCAGACAUCAGAACACCCUAGAAGUCGAAACUAAAAGAAUGCUCAUGUUUGACCCAGUCCCUGUCAAGCAAGAGGCCAUGGACCCUGUCUCAGUGUCCUACCCAUCGAAUUACAUAGAAUCAAUGAAGACCAGCAAAUAUGGGGUCAUUUACUCCACACCGUUACCUGACAAGUUCUUCCAGACCCCAGAAGGCCUCACUCACGGGAUACAGAUGGAGCCAGUGGACCUCACUGUGAACAAGCGGGGCUCCCCACCCUCUGCUGGUGGUUCUCCUUCCUCUCUGAAAUUCCCAUCUCACCGGAGAGCAUCUCCUGGGCUCAGCAUGCCGUCCUCCAGCCCGCCCAUUAAGAAAUACUCACCCCCUUCUCCUGGCGUGCAGCCCUUCGGAGUACCUCUGCCGCCCGUGAUGGCAGCUGCACUGUCCAGACAUGGGAUCCGAAGCCCGGGCAUCCUCCCCGUCAUCCAGCCUGUCGUGGUACAGCCCGUCCCUUUUAUGUACACCAGCCACCUGCAGCAGCCUCUCAUGGUCUCCUUGUCAGAAGAGAUGGACAAUUCAAACAGCGGCAUGCCAGUACCUGUAAUUGAAUCAUAUGAGAAGCCCAUAUUACAGAAAAAAAUUAAAAUAGAACCUGGAAUUGAACCACAGAGGACUGACUAUUACCCUGAAGAAAUGUCACCCCCUUUAAUGAACUCAGUGUCCCCCCCGCAAGCGUUGUUGCAAGAGAACCAUCCUUCGGUCAUUGUGCAGCCUGGGAAGAGACCUCUACCCGUGGAAUCCCCGGAUACCCAAAGGAAGCGCAGGAUACACAGAUGCGACUAUGAUGGAUGCAAUAAAGUCUACACUAAGAGCUCGCACUUAAAAGCACACAGAAGAACUCAUACAGGAGAAAAGCCGUACAAAUGCACCUGGGAAGGCUGCACGUGGAAGUUCGCUCGGUCCGAUGAACUAACUAGACAUUUCCGAAAACACACUGGAAUCAAACCUUUCCAGUGUCCAGACUGUGACCGAAGCUUCUCUCGCUCCGACCACCUUGCCCUACACAGGAAACGCCACAUGCUAGUCUGAAAGCCUGUCUCCAGCAGCUCAGUGUGAUUCCCCGCUCUUCCUGGCCUCUCUCUCUCUCUCUCUCUCUCUCUCUCUCUCUCUCUCUCUCUCUUCUCCUCCUUCCCAUUAUCUAACUCAUUUUUAUAUGUACAUUUUAAUUUCGAUUCAGCUGGUCUGGAUCUCUGAAUUUAUAUCAUUCAAGACUUCCAUAUGGUCAGUAGUUGAUACUCUAACCCUCCCUCUCCUUACCACGGGUCAGACCUAAAGAAUGUGAACAUUUUUUUUUCCGGGGAUGCUAAGCAAGCCCUCCUUACAGAUACAUUUAAUGUAAUGAGAACAAGGGAACAUGUAAACUAACGACCAAUUUGUCGGUUUCUCCAUGUAUUCCUCAAAAGAAUGUCAAAGUAAAUGUAUUAGAAAUACA